UACAAAACUUGCCGACUCACGGUGAAGGAGAAAAACCACCUGCAUUUUCACGACAUCAAAGAGAAGCAUAUGCAUAUGCUUUACAUAAUACAUAGCCAUGGACGCAUGCAAGAUACCUGCAGAUUUACAGGUCUUCUUUAAGAUUGAAGUCCGUUCGAAUCUCUACUAUCCAAGCCAAUGGAGAUCGGAGAUUUCAAGGAUCGAGCGCGAAAUACCUUAAUAUAUUAGCAAAUAUCUACUCCGAAAUCAAGUUCGCACAAGUGAUGAAAGGUGAACGAGGGUUCGAUCAAACGGCAACGUGGUCCAUUGCCGUUGUUUGUGCAAUCAUUGUCAUAGUUUCAAUUGGGUUGGAGCAUGUUCUUCAUAGCGUACAUCAUCUUUUUAAAAAACGAAAAAAAGCAGGGCUGUUGGAAGCACUUGACAAGAUUAAAAAUGAGCUUAUGGUACUUGGGUUUAUUUCGUUGCUUCUGGUGUUUUGCCAGAACUAUAUUGCAUCGAUUUGUAUUUCAAAGAAGCUUACGAAGGAUUUCUUGCCAUGCAAGAAAGAAGAUUAUGAUAAAGAAGAUGGAGAAGGUGGUUAUGAUGAGGACGCUAAGAGGAGAUUAUUGUGGUAUGAACAAAGAAGGUUGGGAGGAGGUGCUCCGGUAGAAUGCAAAGAGGGAUAUGAGGAGAUUAUAUCAGUUGCUGGAUUGCAUCAAUUGCAUAUCUUUAUAUUCUUCUUGGCUGUGUUUCAUGUAAUUUAUAGUGCCUUCACAAUGAUUUUUGGAAGAGCAAAGACACGUAAGUGGAAGUUAUGGGAAAAGGAGAUUUUGGAGGAACUUGUACCCCAUGACGCAGAUCCAUCAAAGUAUAAGCUUACCAAGGAAUUAUCUUUUGUGAAACAUCACACUGGUUCUUUUACCAGUACUCCUGCAAUGUUUUACCUUGUUUGCUUCUUUCGGCAAUUUUUUACAUCAGUUCGUAGAUCAGAUUACUUGGCUAUGCGCCAUGCUUUUUUCUCUGUUCAUUUGUCUCCUGGGAGUCGCUUCAACUUUCAAAAAUAUAUAAAGAGGUCGUUAGAAGACGACUUUAAAGUAAUUGUAGGAAUCAGCCCGAUAUUAUGGGCUACCGCAGUGCUUUUCCUUUUUGCAAAUGUUGAUGGAGCUCGUGCUAUGACUUAUCUCUCUUUGUUUCCUGUAAUUAUUCUGUUAGCGGGAUACCUGUUGUGGAACUCUCUGACAGACACUUCUGGUUUUAGUCAACCUAGACUUAUUCUAUACCUUAUUCAACUCACCCUCUUUCAGAAUUCAUUUGAGCUAACACAUUUCUUUUGGAUAUGGUAUGAAUUUGGCCUUGAUAGUUGCUUUUACGAAAAUCCUUUUCUUCAAUAUGGUAGAGUCAUUAUAGGAGUUCUCGUGCAAGGCUUAUGCAGUUACAGCAUACUUCCACUCUAUGCCCUUGUUACUCAGAUGGGUUCAACAAUGAAGAGGUCUAUUUUCGAUGAUCACACAUCGAAACAUCUAAUGAAUUGGCAUGAGCAUAUUAAAAAGAAGGACAAAGGACACGGGAAAUCAAAGAGUACAAGUGAGCCACCUAUAGAUGCUCAAGUCAAAGUCAAACCAAGUGACAUAGGAAAGUCAACAACUCCAAGACAAUCUGCCAACAUUGUUGCUAGUGUUGACAUACCCGAUGAUAAAACCUAAUAAUUGUUACAAAAAUGUUGGUAAUUUAUUUGUUUUACAAACACACAAAAUGUGGCUUUUGAAUUAUGAAGGAGUUAUAUACAGGUUGUUUCAAGUCUUGUAUUUUGCUUAUGUAGUAUAGUUACAUGUUAUUAAGUACAAUUAAUAUUGUAGUGACUCUUAUAUUGUAUAAUAAAAGUGUAUAUCGUUU